AUGAAAACAGUUUACAAUUCAACGUUUAACGAAAAUUUAACAAGUGCCCCAACAGAAAUGGAAAAUCUCUGGCAAGGAAGUUCCCUCAGUUCAAUUGAAGAAAUUUUUGAUCCGGUGAAAAUAAAAAACGUUGUGGACUCUUUAGUCAUGUCACGAUUUAGUGGCCAAAUUAUAAAAUCACGAUCACGAAGAUCUAGAUUCACGUCUUCAAGUUCAGAAGAUGUACUAUCAAGUUCUGAAAAUCAUAAUAAUGUUUUUCAUUGUGUUUCUAAUGGGCGUUCUGAUGUCAGUAUAAAUACUUGUAAUUUAUCUGAUUUAAUUUCAAAUCCUUAUCCUUACACCAGUUUCCACAACGGAAAUAUUUACAUUUCGGACAGUUGCUUCGAAAUGGAAUCAUCCGAAGCAAGUGAAGAAUUAAAUGAUUAUGACUCAAUUCAUUCAAAAAUUGAUUUACUUAACACAAAAAUAUUUGUUUUAAGUCAAAAUAAGGAACAAAUUUUGAAAGCAAUUUACUAUGACGAUUUUUACAACAAGGCAAAAUUUAGCAAAGUGAGACUUGAGGCCGAAAAGCUACUUUUAAUCAAUGAUCUGACAAGUGAUUUGUUAACACAAGAUGCCAAAUUUUUAUUUGAAGAAAAAUAUAACGAGCAAUGUUCAGGAUCAAUAAAAAUUUCCAACUGUAACAUAUGGUGUGAUAAUCAAGAUUUUGAUCAAUUUUUUAUUUGUGUCGUAAUUUAUGGCACUAAAAUAUUGGCUUCAGAACUAACUCAAACUAAAUCUAAUGGAAUAAUUCAUUUUAAAAAAGAAUUUUUGGUUAAAGGGCUUCGACCAGAUUUUAUAAUCGACAUUAAAAUUUAUUCCGCAUCUAAAAAGGCUAUAAGAAAAUCGAAAAAAUCAUUUAUAUGUAAUUACGCUCCACGACCAGAAGAGAACAUUAUCAUGCGAAAAUCACUUUUUACUUUAAGGGGAGAGACUCAAAUAAGCAUAGAAGACCUUUCAAAAUCAAAUUUUAUGGAAGUGCAAAUGAAUUCUGGAAGAUUUACUAGCCACAUUUUUAGUUAUGUUAAUUUAAACCUAAGUUUGUCAGGUUUUUUAAAUGUUAGUCAAAGUCAACAGUAUGCUUUGUGGAAUAGGGAAUGGUGUUGUUUGGAAGGACGGUAUUUACAAUAUUUUGAUUAUCCUCCCGAUGAAACCUACGAAUGUAAACCUCUAGAAGUCAUUGAUCUAGCAACCUGUAUUGAAUUUAAACGUCUUUCGAGGGAGGAGUGUCCUCGAAAACAAACUCUUUUGUUAAAAACUUAUUUUGGGAAAACUGUUUUGUUAUCAUGUGAUUCAAGAACUGAAUUAGAAUGUUGGGAAAAUUGUAUAAAACAGAUAUUAAGUGCAAUUGAAAUUUGGGAACACUGA